UUACUACUUCAGCAACAUUUUUUGUGUGUUCCAGCACUGACGCCGUGGAAAGAUGGCUGAAGAAGUGGUGGUGGUAGCCAAAUUUGAUUAUGUGGCACAGCAAGAACAAGAGCUGGAUAUCAAGAAGAAUGAGAGAUUAUGGCUUUUGGAUGACUCUAAAUCCUGGUGGCGUGUUCGAAAUUCCAUGAAUAAAACAGGUUUUGUCCCUUCUAACUAUGUGGAAAGAAAAAACAGUGCUCGGAAAGCAUCUAUUGUUAAAAACCUGAAGGACACUUUAGGCAUUGGAAAAGUGAAAAGGAAACCUAGCGUUCCAGAUACCGCAUCCCCUGCUGAUGAUAGCUUUGUUGAUCCAGGAGAACGUCUCUAUGACCUCAACAUGCCUGCUUUUGUGAAGUUUAACUACAUGGCUGAGAGAGAGGAUGAAUUGUCAUUGAUAAAAGGGACCAAGGUGAUCGUCAUGGAGAAGUGCAGUGAUGGGUGGUGGCGUGGCAGCUACAAUGGACAAAUUGGAUGGUUUCCUUCAAACUAUGUAACUGAAGAAGGCGACAGUCCUUUGGGGGACCAUGUAGGUUCUCUGUCAGAGAAAUUAGCAGCAGUUGUCAAUAACCUAAAUACGAGUCAAGUAUUGCAUGUUGUACAGGCUCUUUACCCAUUCAGCUCAUCCAAUGAUGAAGAACUCAAUUUUGAGAAAGGUGACGUAAUGGAUGUUAUUGAAAAGCCGGAAAAUGACCCAGAAUGGUGGAAAUGCAGGAAAAUCAAUGGCAUGGUUGGCCUGGUGCCAAAAAACUAUGUUACCAUUAUGCAGAAUAAUCCAUUAACCUCAGGUUUGGAACCAUCGCCUCCACAGUGUGAUUACAUUAGACCUUCACUCACUGGGAAGUUUGCUGGCAAUCCUUGGUAUUAUGGCAAAGUUACCAGGCACCAGGCAGAAAUGGCAUUAAAUGAAAGGGGACAUGAGGGAGACUUUCUCAUUCGUGAUAGUGAAUCUUCGCCAAAUGAUUUCUCAGUAUCGCUAAAAGCACAAGGAAAAAACAAGCAUUUUAAAGUCCAACUGAAAGAGACUGUUUAUUGCAUUGGGCAACGGAAAUUCAGCACUAUGGAAGAACUUGUAGAACAUUACAAAAAGGCACCAAUCUUUACAAGUGAACAAGGAGAAAAAUUGUAUCUUGUCAAGCAUUUAUCUUGAUACUGCUCAUCAGCAGUGACUGCUAUACAGCUUUAACUCAUCAUGUAACUGAAGACUGAGAAGGGGUCAGGCCAACUGUACUUGCUUGGGAAGUGCUGUUUCGAACUGUAUGAGGAUUGACUGCAAUACAUGAGUAUUUUUGUUAUCACUCAGCCCAUACAUAUAUACUACAUAUGCAGUACAUAUAGAAGAAUUCUUUAUUCUUGGUUUUCUACCUUAUUAUCUUUGUUGUUUUUCUUUUUCUUUCUAACAAUUAAGGUUUUGUAUUCUGAAAAAAAAAUAAUUUGGUUCAAAAAAUCUUUAUAUGGUAGAAUUCUUUUAUUGCUGUUUAUUUCCUCAUAUAGACAUUCUGUUCUCCCAUAGUUCCUCAUAACACAAAAUUAUAUCUAUAUGACAUAUGCUAAAGUACAUUUCUUGUAAAGUGUUCAUCUUUUCUGUGACUAAAUAGCAAUAAUAAACAGAAAAUUAGAAGUGAUUUUUCAGGUAUUGUAUCUGUCACAAGCCAUUGUAAAUAUCAGGUAUGUUGUUUGUGCCUUCAUUUUAAAAAAUCCAUUUAUUGUAUUCAAAAGAGAUUUGAUAUAGCUUAUAAGACAUAAUUUAUGGCUAUUUAAACAAAAAUUUAAGAACUUAGGGAGUGCUCCUUUCCCCUUCACUUGGCUAUCAAGAGAACAAAGCAGUCUCUGCCAGUGAGUUAUUGAAUGAAAUGGGUAUUCCUAGACCAUGCUGUAUUUAUGUCACUGUGAGAUAAGUCAUGUCCCAAGUUUGAGGAAAACAGUAGACAGUGAGAUACGUAAUUUUCCCCCUCUAAACAUCAGUAGUUUGACUUUUAGGAUUUAAAGUUUUCAACUUACAGCUUCCUUAGUCUCCCUCAAUAUCUGAUUUAAUGAAGAAACAUUUUUGACACUGUUUCAUAUUUAACCCAAGGUUUCACACAAAAUAAUCCUAUCUUUCAGUCUCUUUAACUGGGACUCUGAAGUGUUGUGCUAUAGGGGAAAUAUGCUAUAGUUAGGUGAACUGUAUUAUUUAAAAAUUAUUUGCCAUCUAGUACUUUGUAUGAAUGAGAGACUAAACUAUAUACUAUUCUGUUGGUCACACUUUGCCUCCUCAUUCUGUAAUUUUUAAUUUAAGCAAAGUAACAGGCCUCUGAUACUACGUGAGCACAAGAACUUUGCUGUUUUAAACACAUAAUGUACCAAAGUUAUAGCUGGUAAAAAUUAAAGUAUAACUUCACUUUU